UUUCACAUAAAUACACCCAUUUUAUUGAGUAAAGUGCAUUUCAGAGCACAUGAACUGAGGACGAUAACUACUAAGUUGCGUAUGAACAGAAAAUAUCAAAUAUUAAUUUGCACAAAAUGGGGACCAGCAAAAAAUGAAAAAUUUUACUUAUUUGCAUCUCUGCAUUCAGAGCAUAUUCAGAAGAACCUGAGGAGGACCAUGCAACAGCAUGGACAAAAGUGAAUAAAUAUCAAAUUGCAAAAAAUAAAGACCAUAAAAAAAACAAAUGUAAUUUUACUGCUUUCAGGCCACAUUACUAAGAAACUGAGGAGGACCACAACCUUUCAUGCCUUUCAAAAUAAGCUAGUUUUCAAAAUAAAAGACAUGUCAAACAUCAGAUGCUCAUUGAAUAUUUACUUUUUUGACCAGCUGUUCGCGACCCAUCCAGAACGUGUCUGUGUCCGAAAUGGAUCCCUAACCCCUAUAUAGGCGACUAUAUGGGUUUUUUUUGAGGGGUGUCCAAAACCUGAGAGAUCAAUUCCAAUGCCCCAUAUAGGUGACUCAAAAUUUCCCAUAGAGCAUUGCAAAAUAUAGUGACCAUCCGAUGGUCACUAACCGGUGGUGGGCAUCCCAUCAUGCAUUGCGUCUUGCCAUGUAGUGUCCGAAACCUCUGGUAAUUGAGCUCACUACAUAGUCAGCUAUAUAGUGAAACCCCAUAUGGGGUUAGGGAUUCAUUUGGGACACAGCCAGAGACUCACUUUUGGGUCGGGACCAUAGACUGUAUAUACUAUGGACAACUUGGUUCCGCCUUCCACCAGUAUACGGAUUUGAAGCCAAAAAGCUCUGGGUAUUUCCAGGUUUUUUUCUCCAUUUCCUGCAACCAACAUUGUGCAGUAGCGCUGUACGCACUCCACCACUUGCGCAGUUGCAUUGUACGCAUUCGGCAGGAGAGUCGCCUAGAGUCGCUGUGAUAACGCUCGCCUCAAAUAACGUAUCCCCCGGUUCAGCUAUGCAAUCCUUGAAUGCCCAUAGGCUGUAUCAGGUGUCAAUCAUAGUAAACAUGAACCCCCUAAUAACUUUUAAAAAUUGAGCUGUACAGAAAAAAGAGGACUUGAGCACAAACCAGUCUUACAAUAACUACAUGUCAACAUCCCAAGCAGCAGGAAAAAGAAUUAUAUUCUGUGUAAUAACUUUCUAAAGUUUGUUCACAGCCCCAUAAGCUUUGCUGUUGGAGGUGGGAUUUAUGACCUAUACUGCAGCCCGUCACCAGAGGGUGCUGUUCUCGGAGUGGCUUCACCCAGAGAGGAGGCAGACAGCGUCCAUUCUAUAUACAGUCUAUAGUCAAACAUCAGAUGUGCAUUAAAUAUUUACUUUUUUGACCAGCUGUUCGCGACCCAUCCAGCACAUGUCAGCGACUUACUUUUGGGUUGGGACCCACCAGUUGAGAAACACUGAUCUAAAUGUAUAUUAUAUAAUAUUCACUUUACACUGUCUUUAGGCCUAAAAACACAUUUUUUUAACAAGCUUUCUGAUACUGUAAGGGGACUCUCUGGUUAUGUUCUUUUUGUUUAUAAUAAAGUUUAUAUUUUGUCAAUCUCAAUAUAAUAAUAAUUCAUUAUGAAUAUUUUGCUUAUCUUGACGAUUCCUGGGAGUUAGUUUCAGGAACUGAAGAGCACUUUCGUCUGAGCAACUGGUUGUUGUUGUUGUUGUUGUUGUUUCUCUGCUCACAGCUGGCGUUAUGAUCGUGGGAUACACUAGUUUCGGAUCAAUGAAGUUGUCCGAGUUCUUACUUUAGUAAACUACAACUCCUAUGCUGCUUUCCGCGUGUUUGAUGACGUUACGAGGGCAUUUCCCGUAGUAACCUUUCCCGUCUGUCUGUCUGCCUGCUGCUGGUGCAUUUGCGCCUCCUGUCUUAGAGGUGAAGAAGAGUUUACUUUCUAGAGUUCAGGGUUUGGUAUCGGUGUUCGCCCAGGAGUAAAGGGUUUGCCGAGGCUGAAAGCCCCUCUUCACGGAGCCAAGAUGCUGAACAUGUGGAAGGUCAGGGAGUUGGUCGACAAAGCGUGAGUACCCUUAGACUUUUAAUACCCGUGAUCCGUGUCUGUGGGUUACCUGUUUGAAAAAGACACGUACCCAAAACUUUGACGUCACGCCACUCUAACAAGUUAGCUAGCCUGGAUGCUACUAUAGCGAGUUAGGUAGCUCACUUUGACAAACACUCUUCGUCUUUGGGGCAGAUACACCCUCCUUCUUCGAGUCCUUUUCGUCCGGCUUUUCUGUUAAUAAAAGACAACAGUCACGUCGUUAUAAUAUCACGAGGCUUUGGUGUUAAUUGUUUACCCCCUCCCGACUGUUUAAGAUAACUCUCAUAGCUAACCCCAAGCUAGCUAAUUAUGAAGCCUGUUUGCUAGGUGGUUAGCCGACCAGGCUAGCCUGCUGAGCUAGUUUGACAGCUCCUGGACUGGACUUAGCAGCGCGGUAACACUUCCACUGUAAAACAGCGUUUAGACUUUGAUCUAUUAAAAUAUACCUCAUAAAUAGAUAACACUGCUGUCAGAUAUGUAUAAAGACGAGCAUAAGUAAGGUCACAACAACAGACACAUUAAUUCAAUCAAUAAUCAAUACAUGUUUACUUAAACGUAAAUGUUAAAUAACCACGCGGUUCUGCUUUAUCAACUCAUUGCAAUUUAUUUCACCGGUGGACAACAAGUUUAUAGUGUAACACCAGAGGACGUAUUAAUCACUGACCACUGAUUCUGCACGGUUUUGCAACUUGUUGGGGGAUUUCCAGAUCCUUUUCAGUGCCUGGAUUUUCAGGGUCGAAUCAUGUUUAGACACAUAAGUCACUGUUUACCUUUCCAGCAGGUGAUUUUUAACGUCUCCAAUGAGGAAUUUAUGGUUUUGCAGCCCCUGUGGACUCUGUCUUUAAAACCACACUUGUGUAAAUCUUGUCUAAACAAUUAAAUGUACUUCAGUUUAACAAUACAUAUGCACAAUAAGGCUGUCAGCAGCAUGCAAAACACUUCAACUGACACCUACCCCCCUGUCAGCAGGUUCAGACAUUUGAAAUGACUGUGUAGAAAUAGUCCAACUAUGAGCUGAUGGUUUUAGCUCAUUUAAUAUUACAUUCUGGCCUGUUGUACUGGCCGGCUGGCUAAAAACUCAUCACAGACAGUAGCUUUGAUAUGGAGAUAUUUUUCACCUUUGAUAAAGAGAGAGGAGGCAUGUAAUACACAAUACCUACCUACUCUGACUGAACAUUAGUUAUUUGCAUACUCUGAAGGCAGUGACAGUCAGAGCCUGUUCCAGAACCUGAAACUUUCUACCUGCCAUCUCUAAACUCUACAGGCUACACCUUUAAGAGUGUUUCCCCGCAUGUGUUCUGCUUUGUUUUCUGGUUUUGCAUUGAGUUGAUGAGUAAGCAUGAGCAUACUGUUUUGUAAUGUUGGGACUGUAUUGAGCAAUUACACAAUUACACAAUUCUUAAAGACUUAAUAGUUCAAUCUACCAACCCACAUGGUAGCAGAGCUAUCGUCUCCUAGGAGUUUGACUAUCUGAAUCGUGAGUUAAUUACAUGAGAGAGACAUGUGUUUGAUGGUGGCAGGUGAAGAACAGUAAGAAAGAAAGAAAAAAAGAAUUAAAAAUAGAAAUAAAGGGCCUUUCCACAACCAUUUCCUUCUGAUUUCUCAGAAAUCAUGGGCGAUGAAAAAGGAUGUAUUUUUUUUUUUUUACAUCUAAAAGUGGUCACUCAUUGACUAAAAUAACAAAACAUUUUUUCAAAUAGUCUCUAUCAGCUGUGAGUCAUUGCAGUAACUGGCAUAAUGCAACACUUCCUGUUAUACUAUCAGGAUUUGCUGAGCAACAACAUGCAUUGAAAUGUUUUGUCCUGUUUAAAAAUAGAUCUUCCACUGAUGAAAGAAAAGCUGAACGUAUGAAUUAUAGAACAAAAUUGGCUUCAUGUGUUACUGCGAGGAGUGUUUUUGAGCCCUACAGCAGUGUAACGGAAAUUUGUGUGAUGAUGUGUCACUGUAAGUAUCACAACUUCCGUUUAAUCUGCUGAUAUCUAGGACAGGAGCCACCUCUGAGAAGAGAUAAGCAAUGCAUCACUACAUCGCAUCCUCAUGCAUUUUGCUCGCCUCUUCAUGCAAACAGUUUGUAGCUAAGAGGCAUGAAGUUUGUAAUAAUGUGCAAAGACUAUGAAAACUUUUUUAGGAUACCUGCAGACUACAGUAAAACACAAUGGCUUCCUUUUUUAAACUCUGGUGAAGUCUUAACAUGAACUGAGUCAGGUUUAACCAAAAGAGCAUUGGCAUCAAAAUUCAGUUCAGUACAAAUGUAGGCUUGAUAUCUGUCUAGGUGCCCCUGUAGUAUACAGUUACUGUAACUCACAGUUCAACUUGGAGGUUGAUUUUAAUCAACUGUGAAAAUGCUCCUGGCAUGGUUACAUUCAAAUACUGUUGUUGGCAUAGACUCAUUUUUUACAAAAGAGAGGACGUUGUCAGUAUGGUAACUCUACCCUGCAGCAGCAGUCGUAGUACACCAGCCCAUUUCUACAACCACAGAGAGAGGGUGUAUCUCCAGCAUCAAAUCAAUGCUGCUCUUUCAGGCCCUGUGCAUUUUAUUGCUGAUGUGGCAGUAGUGAGGGAGGGACAAGGAGGUGCAGGGUUCAUAUGCUAUGGCUCAAGAUGUUUUGGCCACAGCUGACAGCAGGCCUCGCUGAAUUAUCUGAAAUGCAAAGUCAGUUAGUUUAGUUACAGCUUUAAAUUCUGUUGUCCUGUAAAAAAAUUUUUUCAAGCUAAAGUUAAAAGUGUUCAGGCUACAACCAGUGCCGAAGAGCUUGGCUGUAUACUACACAAACUUUAAGUAAAAUACUUCAGAACCUGAUACACUCCUCUCCAUACAGCAAAGCACUGCAGAACAAGCAAAACAGCCAUUUUGUUUGGUAAUUGUAGAUUUCCUUCACAGAUCAAUAACCAUAUAAGAAUUCCUUCCCUCCCGCAAAGAAGCUAAACAGUUUCAAACAGAUGGUAUAAACUUACAAACAUAUGCCAGAGAGAGGGUAGCACAGGCUUUGUGUUACCAGAAUAUUCUCUGAUCUUAAAAUCCUUUUUUUUGUCAUCUUUACUCCUUUUAGGACAUACUUCACAUAUCUGAUACCUGACUGAUCUAAUGUUAGACGGACAGUUAACAUGUGUCUCAUGCUAAAUACUGGUUUUGACAGCAUAUAUGAACACUUAUGUUAGUUAGUUAGUGGUCCUUUUGUGUGAGCAAAAGCAAAAGCUCGUGCUUGGUUUGUCUUGGUUUGUUGUGUAAUCAUGAUACUGAAUAAGCUCACUGACCAAACCUGUCAACCUUGUUAAACACAUGGUAAAUAUUGUCCGAGCCGCUUAUUCAGCUUUACCUUUAUGAGUAGUUGAGACCAAUCAUUUAAAAAACGUGCUUCAAUAUGUAUCUGCGGUUAUAACUGAGACUGAUUUCAGAGGCUUCUUGGAUUUUUCUCUUUUCUUUCAGUAUCGUACAGUUUCAACAAGAUAGGCUGAUCACAGCCCUGUUUGCUCCAUCACUGUUUUAGGUCUCACUUAUGUGUUUAUGCCGGCCUUGAUUUGCAUUUGCUUGUGUUGUGUCUAGUUUUUGGUUUGGCUGUUGGUUAGUUUCAGAGCAUACACACAAGCACUCUCUAUUGUCCCACGAUCCUUUCAGGCCUCUUGUUGGUGGAGAGUAUGGGCGUGGCUGCAAUAAGAGAACCUUUCAUCUAGUAUUGUCUGUCGGUCUCCAAGAAGGCCACAUCCUCUAAACUGACAUGUUUAUUGUGUUUUAUAACAACCCAUAAAGGGUAUGAUUUUUAUCUCGUUUCUUACUCUACAGGACUAACGUAGUCAUGAAUUACUCAGAGGUGGAAUCUAAAGUCAGAGAAGCCACCAAUGACGACCCUUGGGGACCAUCAGGACAGCUUAUGACUGAAAUAUCAAGGUAAGAACAGCGCACAGUGGUGUACAACAUGUUCUGCUGCAAGCAUCAAGGUUAUUUGUAAACAAAUAAAUCAUUGAAAGAUUAUUACAAAGUACUUUUCAGCUGCAGGAACAUUUUUAGAGCUCCCUGCUGAUGAAAUUUUCCUCCAUUGUGUCCACAAGAUCUCCAUUUUAAGUUUGGAUUAUUUUAUUUUUGCCCUGCCAAUAAAGCCCCUGUUUCCAAGGUAGUAUUUAUCUGCAGUGCAGAGACUGCGCUGCACUGUUGGGGGUAGUCCUGAACACAAGCCUCAAAAUCACUGCAACAUGUGAAACGCAAUCCUUUAAACUCUGAAAUUACAGGUCUCAGCAUUAGAGCGAGGGAGGAGAUUCAUCGUUUUUCGUGGUGCUCUGGUUGACCUAAGAAUGUCAAUUAUUCUCACUGAAGACUUUAGUAGCUGUGUUUUCAUGUGCAGGAUUUUUUUCAACCUGAUUUCAAUCUUUCUAAAUGAGGAUUUCAACCCUAUCAUACUAAAUAAAAUGAUCCAAUUAAGAUUUGUGUGUACAUUUAUUAAGAAGUUACUUAACCAUUAAAAAAAUUGUUUUAACAUUCUGCCAGUCUAAUGUGUCAGAAAGACUUGAAGAAACAGUCUGACUGUUUCUGCUGUUACUACAUCAUUAUAUAUAACAUGUUAGAAAGAAAGUUUGAAUAGAAACCUUACUGUAUCUGUACCCCUUUACAUAUUCAUUCUCCGUUUGCCCCUCCAUCAGAUAUUACUUUCUCCCACUCUUUCCCCUUGUAACUUUGGAGGUCUUGCGUUUUAUUCAUUUAUUUAUUUUUGGACCACCAAGAUGCUCAACAACCCUGAGCUCUUACAAAGUCUCUGGUCAAAAGUUGUGUAGACUCACUUUAACUUUGCUCCUGCUGUGUUUCUACCCUUCCUGGAAACAACAAAAGUUGAAACUCCUCCAGUCAUGUGGAGAGUAAGGCAUGCCCAGUGAAAAGAGUUUAACCCCAUUCUGAAGGAGUGGUUACACUGGCAAUGAAACGGCAUUCACAUGAGGUGUGCACAUGCAGCAUCUUUAUUCUCAGAUGGCUGUUGGUCCAGUUUUGAGUGCUCCCUGACUGAGUGGUGUGGCCAAAUUGACUGUAAUUAAUCCAUGGAUUAUCAACUACUGGUAUUUUGAAUGCAUCCAUGCACUCGUAUCUUUAGCUUCAAUUGAUAGGUAAAAAAAAAUUCACGCUGUGUUCAAAUGUAUUGAACGUAAAAAACUGAAGGUUUUUUUUUCUUUCUUAUUUAUUAUUUAUUCUCUACAAGUGUGUACUUCUAUAUAAAUACAGAUGUUUCAGCUGCACUGCAAUGAACCUCCUUUAAGUUAACUGUCUCAUCAGGUGCAGGGGGACGUGUAACUUUUAGUUAUUUUUCAAUGUCUUACUGACCUGAUUUGCAGUGAGUACCUAAACACCUAAACACAAACAAAAGUGUACUGAAGGAACCUGCACUUCCUGAAAUACUUCCUGAGUAUGUUUCCGCAGGCUUCUUUGUACAAGAAAAUCUUUGUUAAAGGGUUUUUAAAGGACUUAACAUCCAGCUGUUGCUUGUCACACACAACAAAUAAAACCACUAUUUUCCCCCUCUUUAUUCUGUGAAUGUUUCUUUAAUCAGAGCCACGUUCAUGUACGAGCAGUUCCCAGAGGUGAUGAACAUGCUGUGGGCCCGCAUGCUGAGAGAUAACAAGAAGAACUGGAGGAGAGUCUACAAGGUCUGCCACAGCACUGUUGCAACAUCUCACCAACACACAGGCUUAGUCAUGUGCAAAGUCUCACUCAAUUUGAGGCUUAUGAGCUCAAGGUUACAGUUUGAAUUUGACCUAAAACUUGAACCAGACAAAAUUAAAACAGAUGUGGCUUAAAGCUGGAAGCUUUUCAUAUUGAGUGAUCUGUCAAGUCCAACCUUACCGCUGAUUUCUUACAGGCAGGACUAAGCUGUCAGUUUUAAGCAAAGAAAAAUAGGUGGAGGCAGAUGUUUUUAAUAGUACAGUUAAGUUUUUAAUAUGAGAAACAAAACAGUUGGCCUCAAAAGACAUGUUAAUGCCUCAAAGAGUAAAGAUGUUAUUUUUUUUUUAAUAGUUUAAGUCACAGUCUGAGCUGAUCCUAUUAGACUAUGGAGGAAAAAACUGACAGAGUGACUAUAACAGGAUUAAAGUUAAGAAUGAGACAUAAGCCUUUCUUUCCCUAAUGCCGUUGUGUGUCUGCUUCUCAGUCAUUGCUGCUGCUCUCACAUCUAAUCAAGAACGGCUCUGAGAGGGUUGUUACCAGUGCCAGAGAACAUCUGUAUGACCUGAGAUCAUUAGAGAGCUACCACUUUGUAGGUAAGUCACACCUCUGAUGAUCUUCUUAGCUUUCUCUCAUUAAAUAAUCUUUUUGUUGCUGCAUGUUGGAGGAGAACCAAGAAAAUGAAAAAGAAAAUCCUUCCUCUUUUUAAUUGUGCUUUAACUUCAGUAAGGCACAAUCUACACCUCAGUGUUGUAGCAUCGAGUGUUAAUUAACAAUAGUUUCAGUGUGAGCUGUAAUGGAUGGAGGUCUUAAGCACUUCUUAUUCCACAAACCCUUAACCACAGCACACACGCAUAUACACACUGCCCUCAAGCUGCUUUCAUUCCUCGCAACCAUGUGUUUAUUUAAGGUGCAGCGUACAAACAAGAACAUUCAACUUCCACCGACAGCUCAUCUGUAUUGCCUGUGUGUGCGGUUCAAAUACAUAUGUGUUUAUGUGUCUUUAAAUUUCUAUUUCUAGAUGAGAAUGGGAAGGACCAAGGUGUGAACGUUCGUCAGAAGGUGAAAGAGCUGGUAGAUUUCGUGCAGGAUGAUGACAGGCUCAGAGACGAGCGGAAAAAGGCGAAGAAGAACAAAGACAAAUAUGUUGGUGUAUCCUCAGAGAGUAUGGGUAGCCGCGGUUAUUGUAAGUCCCCAGUAACAAUAAAAAUAUGCUUUAUUGUUGAUAAAGGUGUUUGAUAUUCAGUUAAUGCUUUCUCUUCUGUGCCACCUAUCUGAUUUCCUUUCCUCCAGCCGGGGACAGGUACGAGUCUAGUGAAAACCGACGAGAUAAGUGGGACGAUGACUGGGAGAAGAAAGGGCAAUUUCCCUUCAGCGAGAAGUUGGGCGAGAUCAGCGACAAAAUUGGCAGCACCAUUGACGAUACCAUAAACAGGUUUAAGAAGAAGGAGAGAGACGACUCACCAGAUCGAUUUAGGUAGGAUUGACAAAGCACCUGAGUUUGUUUUGAAAGGCACAAACCACGCUCCAGGAAUGAAUGAAAAGGAAGCUCGCACCAUCACUAUAAGUGGAAAUGAAAAACAAAAGUUCUCUACCUCACCACUGCUGGUAAAAAAAAAAAAAACCCAAAAAAAUAGAAAAUAGUUCUUUAUUUUGUAGUUUUCCAAACACAAGGCUAGAAACACACAGCAGGAUUUUAAAAUCUACUAGUCCAACUUUUCAUUUAUAUUAUGAUGAUGUUGAUGAUGAUGAUGAUGGUGAUGAGAUGGUUUAGGAAAAAAAGACCAAUUCAAAGAGACUCCAUGCUCCAAGUUUUACAAGGGCCCUUUCUCAAACCAGUCCCUCCUCACCUCCACUCCAAAUGAAGCUAAAUGAAGCUUCAUGUAGAUGAAGGGCCCCAGUACAGAUGCAAGUUUCAAGACAGACUAGUCUUACUAUCCUGGGAGCAGGAAUUUUAUGUAACCAUGGUUACACGUCAAACAAAUUAUUAGCAGUUUACACAAAUAACCAUUUAGCCGAGUCAAAAAAGUUUGCUCCACACUAUAAGAAAUAUUCCCAAAUUAUAUUUAUGGGAAGUUUUUUUGGAGAUAUGAUUUUAAAUCUGAUGAAUAUAUUCUGCUUAAAAUAAAAGAGCACUUCUUUAUUGUCUCCAUAGUGACAAUGAGGAUGACCGCAGUCGCUCGUCUCACAAUGGCAAGUCAGCAAAAGACUAUAAGGAUGAAGAAGAGACUGUUACCACCAAGAGUGUACAGAUAGUCCAGGCAACAGAGACUACAGCAACACGGAAGAGAGGCGGGGUCCCGUCAAGAAAAGUAGACUUGGGGGCCGCUGCAAACUACACAGGAGAUAAGAGCCCAAACACCACCACCAAACAGGUAGACCCUGUGAGAGAGCAAACAGCUCAUAAAAAAAAAAGACUUGAUUUGUGAUCUGUUGGGUGAUCUUUUUCGUAACAUGUCUUUUCUCCAGCCUCAGCCAGCAGCCCCUCAGCCUGCCAGUACUGGCUUAGUCGACUUAUUGAUGGUUGACACAACACCAAGCAAGCCUGCUGCCACAGGUAUGAGACCACAAACCUCAAGUAUACUCCGCUUCUAGUUAAGAAAUGCUCUCAUUUGCUGUCGAACGAGAUUGCUACGUGUUGCAAUUCCCCGGUUUUAGCGUAUAAAUUAUACCAACAUGUUAAGCUAGCUAAGGAAAUAAAAGUAUCUGCCUCAUGUUGCAUAUUCUCAGCACUAUUCUUAACUAGACUUCAGUAAAUCCAGGAUCAACUAUGUAAAUCAGAGUUGCAACAUUGAUUAAAUUCAGAAAAACUCCACGGUGACUGCAGGACUAGACUGCAGUAAGGAUGCCCAGCUGCUAAAGCUAGCUUUAGAUAUUGGGGACAGCAGAGGGAGGGAUUUGAUGUAUAGUAACUAAGUGCAGCAGAUGUUUUUGGAGCAGUCCCUGGUGCAUGGAGAGGGUGGAAGAGCUGAACAGAUGUUUGGUCUUCUCCACCUAUCCACUGCUGCCGCCACCACCGCCCUCCCCCCUACUUCUCUGACACUGAAGGAAUGCUAACUAUGGAGGAAUGACACCUGGAGCUGGCUUGUUUAAAAUUGAUGUGUUAAUGUGUCUCUCCCAAUGCAGACCUGAUCGGUGGGUUUGCUGACUUCACCUCGCCUGCUGCCUCCGCUGGCCUCACCUCAGGAACUGGUUGGUUUCAAGACUUUUUUUUUUUUUGUUUGUGUGUGCAUGUUUGUGCUCUGCUUUUGCAGCCAUACUGCUAGAAUAUUCAGAGGGAUGCUGGGAGGAAGCCCUGGCCAUAUGGAGCCUGCUACCUGCUCUGCAUAACAAGAACAGACACACAUCAACUCCUGUUAUAGAUGACAAGGAGACAGGGACAGAGGUAGAAGUUGGUGGGGGGAGGAAGCUGGGAGAGACUAGGGGGGAGGGAGAGAUGGAGGGAGACAACAAGCAGGGCCAGUUCAAUAAAAAUUUAAAAUGUGGCACCAGUGGUCAGUGAGAAUGCUCUGAAAAACACAAGGCCAGCCUCGCUGAACACUCAACUGUUUAUUCCUAAUUGCUGUGACAGCGAAAAAAAAAAAAUCCUUGCCCCACUUUUGUUUGCAACAUCUUGCAGUUAUUUACACAGCUCACAAUACAAACAGCAAUGUUUGGAUAGAAUAAUAAACAUUCAUUUGGCUUUUUUCCCUUUGUGUUGUUUUAGCAGCACCGGCUUCAAGUAGCAACGGAGAGUUUGGAGAGUGGAACGCCUUCCCUGGAGGUCAGAUGCCAGCUGCAGCUCAGACUGUUGACAACAGUAACGACCUUUUCGGAGUCAUGGCAGCAGGUCCUGCUUUGGCCCCUGUUUCAGCACCCGUUUCAGCUGCAGGCUCUGGUCCCACCUCGGCAGACCUGUUUGACUUGAUGGGGCCAACUCAGACCCUCACCUCCUCGCAGAGCCUCAGCUUCAGUAUGAGCAGCACGCAGACCAUGAGCUCCACAGGCCUGCCCCAGUCUAUGUCACAGGUAUGCAUGACUGCACUCGAGCAACACACAUGCAACCUAUUAUUCAAUAAUUCAUUUUGUUCUUAUCAUAACAGGAGUCGUAAAAAGGGGGCCGAAAUGUUACAGGUGGAUACAAAUGAUCCCCAGGGAAAUAACUUUACACUCUGUGAUUUCAGAGUUCUUAAAAACAGAGCGAGUCUGAUACAAUUGAAGAUUUUUAAUAGACAUGGUAACUUAAAGAUGACAAAUGUUGUUUUAAAAAGUGGCAUAGGAUUUUCAAUGAUUGAACAUUCAUGACCAGAAAUACAUCCAGAGUUUACCUGCUGCUUGGGAACUUUGCAGUGUUAUAUGUAAUGGAUACUGAAACUGAAGCCCCCUGCAGAGACAAAGGAGGUGUUUCUAUUCUCAACAUCAGCUUUUAGGAUAAAACCUGAUAGACAGAAUUCUCUUUUCUUUUUCAAGCAUUAUGUUUGUUUCAUACUGGCUUUGAUAGUUUUAAGACAGGAAAACAUGAACUCUUGAGAGACAUAGUAAACCGUUCUGCUAUCACUCAUUUGCAAAAGAAAGUGCACAAAAAUGAAAAAAACACACAAGAAUAGAAAUUAAAAAGAAAAAUAUAACUAUGAAACUCUUUAUACAUAUGAAUAUUGCCCUGCAUAGACUUGUGUCUUGCUUUGAUUUAUUUCCAUUACAUUUGGUGUGAAAACAUGUCUAAGCUUUGAGGUUUUAUUAUGUUGUUACAAUGUCAGAUAUUCAACAUGCAAGAUUGAGCUAACACAGUCUAAGCUACAGCCAAAUUGUUACAGGAUUGAUGUUUUUAAUUUUCAAACAGGCUUUGGUUGUCUCUACAAAUGUGAGUGUAAUAGAAACAUCCUGGCAUGCACAUGUAAUCCUCUAGGAACCCUUUUAGCAAUUAAAUACUGUGGGUUUUAAGAGGGGAAACAAGUCAAGUAAGACAGUCAAAGACAUUUUAAUCUCAACGCAAAAUACCUGUAUGAAGAUUUCAAAUUUACUACAGCCUACCACUUCUUGUUGACCACAUCUGUGCGGUGAGAUAAAGAUGUACCGCGUGUGAUUGAAAGAUGGAGGACAGACACGAUGGUGGAGGGUUAACAUGCAGCCUCAACAGAUGCUCAUCUCCCCCAGAGACCGCCCACUAACCACCCACUCCUGCUGUUACUGACACACAGAAUGAGAAGAAUCAGUUUUGAGUUACAAAAACAUUAAAAAGCACACAAAAGCCGGUGGAUGUCGACUGAAUCUCGGCGUUAAAAGGUUACUGACCUACUUAAAUAAAACUAAGUCUUUGUUUUGCUGAAAAGACACCCACCACUCCCUCUGUGUGAAUUCAGUCGGAGACAGUAGCAGACUUCCCUGACUGUAUCAAGGUUAAGUAGGUCAGGCUUUUAAGGUUUAAGGACUUGAGUAAUGAGCAGAAACGGGUAUCUUUUCAUCAGUUGGGGCUUUAAUGUAUCUUCAGUGUGUUUUAGUAAUUUCAGUCGAGAUUAGCUUGUUUUCUAACUCGGUCUCUAUCUGUUCAGCCCCUUCAGAACAUGGGGGGUCCUCUACAACCGCAGCCUGUCAUGCCCCUCCAGCCGCUGCAGCCAGGAAUGGCCUCUCAAAAUGCCGGAGCCAAAGCAUCCCUCCCCUCCACUUGGUCAGACCCCUCAGUUAACAUCAGCUUGGACUUUCUGGGUCCAGGAAUGCAGCCACCCAAGCCAAGCCAGCCCACCCUCAACACCCUUCAACAAGGUUAGAGUAAUGUGAGAUCUGGCACAAGAGGCUACACCAUGGCUGGGCUCUCCUUCAAAGCACUCAGCGGCAAAUGUGAUUUGAAAUUUGUCAUUUUUUGUUAAUUGAGUGUGUUCUCUCAUUUCCAGGCAACCAAGCACCUGCCAGCAUGCUCUCCCAGGGAUUCUCCGGUAUGAGCAUUGGAACUACAACAGUCAGACCGCCUGUAAAUCCUAUGAUGCACCCUGGAGCUGGCAUGGGAAUGGGCAUGGGGAUGGCCCCCAACCAGGGCAUGAUGGGGAUGGGGAUGGGGAUGAACAUGGGGAUGCCACAGGGAGGUAUGACCAUGGGUAUGCCCGCUUCUAUGGGUAUGGGAAUGGGGAUGAACCCUGCAAUGGUCCAACAGCCCAAACAAGAUGCCUUUGCUGACUUUGCCAACUUUGGAAAAUGAUGGAGCCGGAGAGCUAAGAUAAUCUGGUGGAGCGGUACGGGCCUCUCCAUCUCUUUCUCUCCGUCCAUUGGUGAAGGACUGUUAAGAGCUGCAAACAAAGAGUACUUGAAUAAUAUCAACCAUCACAUACCAACACCCUUGAUUUUUUUUUAAAAAUAAUGCUGUGUAGCGAUAUGGAUCGAAAUGAAUGUGUUUGUGUUGUGUGUGUGAACCAAUGAUCUGUCUGCUCCGGGUUAUGGUCAGACACACACAGAUGACUGCACGCCUCAUUGGUCAGUCACCAGUCAGUGAGGGGAGGAUAGAGUGAAUGUUGGGGAUUUGCUUUAUAACCUCAAUCAAGUCAAAUCACCAGACUAGCAAAAACAAAAAAAUAUCAGUAGCUGCAUAAUUGUUUUUGAGAUGUAUUCUCAGUAACUUUACUGGAUGAUUACUUUGAAUAACAUGAUCAGCCAUUUUAACUUUCUAAUGUACAUUUAAGAAUGUCGAGUUACCUCCUUUUUUUUCUUGUCCUCGCUCUUCCUUUGACCUGUAAAUAGAAAUCUGAAGCCCUUACAGAUAAGUUAUGAAGUUCUGGUGCGAAGUCACAAUGUGAAGAGUUGGAUCAUACAGACCAAAUCUGGGAUUAAUUAAGACCUUUAUCAGCACAUUGACACCUUCUCUUUGUACAUACAUGUCCACACACUCCAAAUGUGGCCUGUCAGUGCUACAGCUUAAGAAUGAGUGUUGGGAGUGAAGGCGGUUGAUUAAUUUGGGGAGCUUCUCCUUUAAACGACCAUCAUUUGUGGCCUUUCUUAUUUCUAAAUAUAUUAUAUAUUUUACUUAUGAAGAGUAUAAUCAGUUUGCAUCCAAAUGAGAUAAUCAGUAGGUAGGAAAAGCCUCACAUGGAGGUUGUUGGUUGUUAAUAACAGUGCCUGGAAGAUCUCUUUUCUCUUCAGUUCACCUCUGUGAAGGAGACAGUGUGAUUGCAGUGUUGAUGACAGAGCUUCUGUACGAUGUACACAUGUGUUUGCUUCAAGCCAAGCGUACUGUCUGUUCACCUAUCAAAUGCUAUUGUAUCAUUAUUUUCAUCUGAUUUGUUUUGUGUGUCCCACACCCUUUAAUUUGUCCUUCUCUACUCAGGUGAGAGAAGUCGGAAAAAUAUUGAUCUCAUCUCAGUUUAACACCUCAAGUGUUGGUGCAGACUGUUAUUGCGAUUGUAUCAUGCAUCUAUGUGUUGUCUGUUCAAUGUUCACCUGUGUGUCUUGGUAAAAGCUGCCUGCUCACCCUCCAUCUUUUCUGUUGAUACACAUAAAAUACAGCAGUUCAAAUCAGUGUUGUUGCAGUCGUGACCAUACUCAUCCUCAUCAUUCUGCAUGUGUUGCUCAUAGUAAUAAUGAUCAUUUGAGAGGAAGCACUCUCUCCAGUUUGGAGCAGUCUGUGCACACCCAGUGCGUAAUAGUGUUUGGAUGUGGGUGUGUUGUGGGACAGCGCACCAUGAACAGUCCCAUUCAGCUGUGAGUCGUACAAAGCAUUGCUCUUCAGUGGUUCAAGUGCCUGCCGAUGGUUGCCUCCUGACCCUUGUAAUAAGUGAUUGAUAAGUGACUCUUGGCUGCCUGACAUUUUGAGUUUGUCAACGAUCAGAUAAAUAAUUCACUGACCAGAGGAGAGGGCAGUGGAUUGUGCAGCGCCAGGAGGAUUGAAGUUGUGCUUUCCUGCUCUCCUGAGGGCUCACGAGGCUGAGCACACUAACACAUAGUAGCCUUGCGUCAGAGUCUGAAGCAUUAAAAUGACCAAAAUCUGUUUGCUGUUUUUCUAAAAUAUAUCAGUAGACAUUGUUUUAUGCAUUUUUUCUACUUCAAAUUGUUUUGAUUUUCUCUACAUAAUGGGAUUGUUACUGAAACACUAGCAUAUGCAAAUGUAUAAAAAAAAGAAAUCCUUUGAGAAAAAUUAAUUUUGCAUUAUUCCCAUUUUGAUUUGAUUUACAUAUCAAGAUUCUUUAUCUACAACAUUAAACAGUUGAUUGAAAUUUGUUAA